AUGUCAUCACCUUUUGUCUUUGACACGGAUGAUAUUGAUUUGAGGCUGAAAUCUACCCAUCUGCAGGAGAACUGGGACACUACUAUGGCUUCGGAAGACGGCAAGACAGCGGUAAACGACGAGGCGACUGAUUCUCCCAAGCCCUCAAACUCACCCGGGCAUCAAAUAUCCACAGAGCCACAACGCCUCUCACCAUCAGUCGAAGAAGAAGACACCAACGACGAAGAAGAAGAAGAACCCGACACCUCUCUUCAACCACGCAACAAGCCAUCACCCUCCUCUUCCCUCUCCCCACCACCACCCUCGUCCUCACCAGCAUCCCAAACCCCCACCAAGCCCGUCCGAAAACUCACACUGAACCUCAAAUUCAGCGCGCCCAAAACACCGCUUAACAUGACGAAUCCACUGUUCAUGCCACGCGCGCGCAACCACGUGUGGCAGGCAGCGUGGGAAAAGCAUAUCAAGAUGCGUGUUACUCCGCUCCGUGGGAAAAGGGGCGUGAUGGAUGGGAAAUGGAAGAGGGGGGAGGUCAAGGGGAGGAAUGUGUGGGAUCUGCUUCAGAGUAGUGAGAUGGAGCUUGAUGGAGAUGAAGAUGAGAUUGAGCGGUGGAUUGGGAGACGCUCGGGCGAAGAAGAGGAAGAGGAGAGUGAUGCCGAGAAGUGGUUUAGGAAGAAGCUUUGGGGGGCGGGGAGGUGGGCUUCGAGGGUUUGA